UGUGGGGCGGGGGCGGAACGCCGCCCGGCGGCGGGUCGGGCCCUGUGUCAGCAGCCCAGCGGGUACUCGGGCGGGACAUGGCGGGCUGUGUGGCCCGGCGGGCCCUGACCGUGGGCAGUCGCUGGUGGUCCCGGUCGCUGACCGGGGCCCGGGGGCCGAGGCCGCUCUGUGCGGCGGGUGGAGCUGGGACCUUCCCACCAGUGGCGACCACGACGACGCGGAGGCACCUCUCGUCCCGAAACCGACCAGAGGGCAAAGUUUUGGAGACAGUUGGUGUGUUUGAAGUGCCAAAACAGAACGGAAAAUAUGAGACUGGGCAGCUUUUCCUUCACAGUGUUUUUGGCUACCGAGGUGUUGUCCUGUUUCCCUGGCAGGCCAGACUGUAUGACCGGGAUGUGGCUUCUGUAGCUCCAGAAAAAGCAGAGAACCCUGCCGGCCACGGCUCGAAGGAGGUGAAAGGCAAAACUCACACUUACUAUCAGGUGCUGAUUGAUGCCCGAGACUGUCCACAUAUAUCUCAGAGAUCUCAGACAGAAGCUGUGACUUUCUUGGCUAACCAUGAUGACAGCCGGGCCCUCUAUGCCAUCCCAGGCCUGGAUUAUGUCAGCCAUGAAGACGUCCUCCCCUACACCUCCACUGAUCAGGUUCCCAUCCAGCAUGAGCUCUUUGAAAGAUUUCUUCUAUAUGACCAGACAAAAGCACCCCCUUUUGUGGCUCGGGAGACGCUACGGGCCUGGCAAGAGAAGAAUCACCCCUGGCUGGAGCUCUCCGAUGUCCACCGGGAAACAACCGAGAACAUCCGUGUCACCGUCAUCCCCUUCUACAUGGGCAUGAGGGAAGCCCAGAAUUCCCACGUCUACUGGUGGCGUUACUGCAUCCGCUUGGAGAACCUCGACAGUGACGUAGUACAGCUCCGGGAGCGACACUGGAGGAUAUUCAGUCUAUCCGGCACCUUGGAGACAGUGCGGGGCCGAGGGGUGGUGGGCAGGGAACCAGUGUUAUCCAAGGAGCAGCCCGCAUUCCAGUACAGCAGCCAUGUCUCCCUGCAAGCUUCCAGUGGGCACAUGUGUUUCUCUCACAGGGGCACAUUCCGCUUCGAGAGGCCUGAUGGUUCCCACUUUGAUGUCCGGAUCCCUCCCUUCUCCCUUGAAAGCAAUAAAGAUGAGAAGACACCACCUUCAGGCCUUCACUGGUAGGCCAGCUGAGGCCCUGAGCACCCAGGCUCAGACCCCAGAGAACAGCUCACAUCCCACAAUUGCUGCAGAACUCUGUCAUGGGCCACAGUGGGUCUCUUAAUUUUUGCACCUUUUGAUUGUGGGGUUCUUAUUUUGGCGGGUGGAGUAUAACUGUUUUCUCCAGAAGACCCACGUAGGACUCCUCCAAGGGUGGCCUUCCCCGUAAGCCCUGCCUACGCUGUGUUCCAGUAAACCUUCCCAUCAGGAACUCUCUGUGUUCAGAUGCCAUACAGGCUAGGAAACUGGAGGAGUUUCCUAGCCUGUCACACAAGUUGUUUAGAAUGUGAGGUUUGGUCAAUAAACCAGUGCACGCUUGGCCCCCCUUGCCAUUUCUGCCCCCAGGGUCUCAGGCUCCCUUUUUGACCCGGCAGGGGCCCUUCGUUGCUGUCCUUACUGCCCUUCCAGGAAGCUGCCCCUUCAACUAGAGUAUCUGUCUCCUUCCUGAGGCUGGGGGUUGGCCGAUGUCUCCCAGGUCACUCAGCCAGUGAGGCGGGGGCUGGACUGGACUCUUGUUCUCUUUACCCUCUGCCAAGUGCAGAGCGGGAGGCCAGCGUCAGGAUCAAAGAAGUGGCUCGGCUCUUCGUGCUGGCCAACUAUUGGCGUUUCUGGCCUCCGUGGGCCUGGGGGAGGAGUGAGGCAAGCCUGUCAGGUGUUCUGGAGCAAUGGGCUUGCCAGCACAGGUCUGUCAAGCCUCCAGAUCACAAUUGCAGAAACUCAGCCAAGGAGUGUUAGGUAUGGACAGUGACGAAGCCAGUCUACUUUCUGAGCUUCUCACAGAUCUCCAAGAGCCAGAGAUAAAAUGUGCUGCAUUUUUGCCCUGAUUCUUAGGAUUCCUGCUCCCCCACUACUAUAGUGAUUGUUACAGAGGUCGUUUUCUUGAAUUAAUAUUAAAUUUCAGUUCCAACCCUUA